UCUUUCAGUGUUUUAGCUUUGUUUUGUAUUUUGAGUAAUUUUGUUUAUUUUAUUAGAAAAAAAAGUAUCGCUUGAUCAUGUCCAUUUCGGAAAUUUAUUCAUCCAUACGAAAAGUUUGCGAAAAAGUUGAUAAAGAUAAUGAUUCAACUUGUUUCAGUAAAGCUAGUAGUCAAUUGGAAUUUAUAUUGACGAAUAAUAUGAAUUUAAAUAAAGAUUUUUCCGAAUCAUUUGUUCCUGCAUUUGAACGAGAAAUAAUGCGUACGAAAAAAUCAUUGGAAGAUGCACAACGAUUUAAACAAUUUUGUAAUUUAUAUAAAAAUAUGACCGAUGCAUCAUUUGCAGAUAAAGCAAUGUUUAAUAUUAAUAUGGCUAUUAUUUCGGCACCGAUUCGUGAUAAUAAUCUAUUAUUUCAAUGUUUUAGUCAACGAUCGAUAUUGCAUUCGAAUCAGAAUGAUUAUGAAUCAAGUUUGAAAGAUUUAGAUCAUGCUUUGGAGAUUCGUUUGUCAUAUACAUUAAUUGAACGUAAAGUAGACAUUCUUAAUCGAUUAAAUCGACAAUCUGAAGCGUAUCGUAUGUUGUCAAACAUUGUACAGGAAAAUGAAAAAAUUCUAUCGAUUGAUAAGCUUAAACAAUUUAAAAAACUUAAAAAACAAUCGAGAAAAUUUAAAUCUCCUUUUGGAAUUGACGAUCGACAAUCAUCAAUGGAUGAUUCUCUUGAUGUUACAAUUGAUCGUCGUAUAAAAAUUGCAAAAAUUCAAUGUGAUCGAUAUGAUUUCCAAACCAAUGCUGAAAUCGCAGCCAAUACAGAAAUUCUAUCUGAACAACCAAUGAUCAUUUCAUUUACAGCCGAUUUUCUUCAUGAUUAUUGUCAUAAUUGUCACAAAAAAGUUACAAAUACAUUUUGGCCAUGUUUUAAUUGUACCGAAGUUGUUUUUUGUACCAAGAAAUGUGCUGAACAUGCUUUACAUACUUUUCAUCAAUAUGAAUGUGGUCUGUUGUCAUUGAUGCGUGAAAAACUUGGCAAUCAAUCAACUACUGUGUAUCGUGAUUUCAUUCAAUUACCACAGUUAAAUCUUGCUAUUCAUCGUGAUGAAUUUCAAACAUUUUCCUUUCAAUCAUGUUUGGAUCAAUUAGAACAAACUACUAAAGGAUUAGAAUUGGAACAAGCUCGUCAAUGGUUUUUCAUUAGUCAACGUGAAUUGUAUCAACGAAUUGUUCGCCGUAAACCAUUACGACGAUCAGUAGAAUUAUGCAAUGCAAUCAUAUUGUUCAUGAUUUAUUGUUAUAAAAUGAAUGUUGAUAUGCAACAAUUCGAAAGAAAAGAUUUGAUCGAAAUUAUCGAACAUUUUGCCAUUUCAUUUGUUCGAACACAAUUGAAUGAAUAUAGCUGGCAACAGAAAGAAAAUCAAGAAAGACAACAGGUUGCUUCAUUUCAAUGUCUGUUUGGAUCACAUAUCAAUCAUGAAUGUGAACCAAAUGCUGAAUGGACAUUUGAUGGUAAAAAAUUCGUUGUUAAAACUAUUAAGAAUAUAGCGGCCAAUGAAUCAAUUACAAUUACAUAUGGUGUGCCUAAAGAUUAUUCAUUACUCAAACGACAACGUUAUCUACAAAAUCUAUAUAUUAUGUGUGCCUGUACUAAAUGUUUAGAGGAAACACGUAAUUCAUAUUUUGCCAUUCGUUGCGAGUAUUGUAAUGGUCCAAUACCAUAUGAUGUGAAUGAAUUUGUCAAUGAUUGGUGCAUGAUGUGUGAACGAAAAUAUGAAAGUUCAUCGAUAAUGUCAUUGGUACAAAAACAAUUUCAAAUAUUACAACGAGCAAUUCGUCUAAUCGGUGGUAUUACUAAUCAAAAAACUAUACUUGAAAAUAUUGAAGAAAUGAUGGGUUCAUUGGCUAGUUAUAUUUAUCUUGAAUCAUCAUUAUUCAUUCAAAUGGUAACAAAACUUUGUGAUCGUUAUUUCGAAUUGCAAAUGUGGUCACAAGCAAUUGAAUGGUAUCAAUGGUUUGUCAAUGUAACCAAUUUACAUAUAUCAUAUAACAAAGAAAAUGAGAUUAUUUAUUAUUAUAAUCUGAAAAAAUGGUCGAAUGCAUAUCUGAAUUAUUUGGAACAGAAUGUUCGAACUGGUAAAACAAACAUAUCGAUUGAAUAUUUACAAACGGCUAUCUAUCUAUUUGCCGAACAGCGAAAACUAUUGGAAUCAUUACAACAAAUGAAUCGUUUUGAAGUUAUCGAUUCAAUACAAUUAAAAAAUAUGACACGUUCUUUAACACAGGAUUUACAAUGCAAAGAUUAUCGAUUGAGACAAGUUUGUUUGGAAAUUUUGAAAACCAAAAACAUAAACGAUUCAAUGGCUAAUGGUGAUGAACUUGUGAAAGAUUUAUUUGCCGAAAAAACUGAAUUUGAUAAAUUUAAACCCAAUAUGUAUAAUUAUGCUCAUGAGCUAAGUGCUAGUAUUAGUUUGGAGAGUUUAUCAUUACGAUGAUAAUUAGUGAAAAACUUUGAGCUUGAAAAUUCUGAUU